AUGGGCGACGUGGAGGAGGAGGAGAGCCGGCGGCUGGAGGACUUUUACACGCUGCACGAGGUGCUGGGCACGGGCGGGUUCUCCGUGGUGCAGCGCGCCGAGUCCAAGGAGGACGGCACGGCGGUGGCGGUGAAGACGCUGAAGAAGCACGGCGGGCCGAGCGUGUCGAACGCGCUGGUGGAGAACGAGAUCAUGGUGAUGAACCGCAUCGUGGACGAGGUGUCGCCGCACCCCAACGUCAUCCACCUGGUCGACGUCUUCGAGGACGCGCACUGCAUCCACCUCGUGCUCGAGCUCUGCUCCGGCGGCGAGCUCUUCGACCGCAUCGUGCAGCAGGAGCGCUACUCCGAGGCGGGCGCCGCGCUCGUCAUCCGCCAGAUCGCCAACGGGCUGCGCAGCCUGCACGCCGCGCGCAUCGCGCACCGCGACCUCAAGCCCGAGAACUGCCUGUUCCUGACGGCGGCGCCCGACGCGCCGCUGAAGAUCAUGGACUUCGGGCUGAGCUCCAUCGAGGGCGAGACCAGCCCGCUCGUCGGCCUCUUCGGCUCCAUCGACUACGUCUCGCCCGAGGCGCUCUCCCGCCGCGAGUCGCGCGCCGCCGGGGACAUGUGGUCGCUGGGCGUCAUCCUCUACAUCCUGCUCUGCGGGUACCCGCCCUUCCAUGCACUCAACAACCGUGCCAAGCAGCAACUCAUUCUCAACGCGAGUUUUGACUUUGAGGAGUCGACAUGGAGGAGCAUAUCGCAGUCAGCCAAGCAGCUUGUCACCAGCCUGCUCACCGUCGACCCCUCCAAACGACCCACCGCCGCUGAGCUGCUGCUGCACCCGUGGGUGAAGGGCGACGCAGCGAGGCAGGAGCCGAUGGAGCCGGAGGUGUGCCGGCGCUUGCUCACCUUCAACGCUCGCCGCAAGUUCCGAGCGGCGGCGUAUGCGAGUAUCGUGAGCAACAAGCUCAUGCUGCGCACACGGGCGCUGCGGAACAUCCUGGGUGGAUUCGACACACUCAAUGAGACGGAGCUCAAGGACCUUCACACACACUUCAAGAGAAUAUCGUCAAGUGGCACGAGUGUGACGGUGGCGGAGUUUGAGGACGUGCUGAGGGCCAUGGGCAUGGGUAGCCUGGUGCCGAUGGCGCGGCGCGUGUUUGAGGUGUUUGACAGUGACAAGAACGGCUCCGUCGACAUGAGGGAGAUCGUCUGCGGCCUCGCUGCCUUCCGCAAGUCCCAAGGCGACGACGCCCUCCGCCUCUGCUUCAAGAUGUACGAUGCGGAUGACUCCGGAUACAUUUCAAAGGACGAGCUCGCUGCUAUGCUCAAGGCGCUACCGGAGGACUACCUACCCCCGGACAUUCUAGAGCCGGGCAUACUGGACGAGUUCUUUGACCGCAUGGACGCCAACUGUGACGGGCGGCUCAGCUUCGACGAGUUCAAGGCCGCCAUCCACGCCGACCACUUCCUCGUUGAUGCGCUCCUGCAGCCCGCCCGCGGGGAGUCGCCCGCCGCCCGCCCGCCGCCCAAAGGGGAGUCUCCCCUGUUCCGCCAACACCAGUGGUGA